AUGUUCAAAGAUCAAACCCCAAAAGUGAAAUUUCUGAAGACCAAUAUGCAAACACGAAAAGCAUGCUUCCAACAAACACCAUGUGUCCUUCCAUUGCAGGAAAAAGAAAUACCACAACUCCCUGAUCUCAAUCUUAAACAAAAAGUAGAAGAAUUCAGGAGUUUAGUAUCAUCAGCUGAUAAUUUAAAAAAGCUUUGGAAUUCAUCUCCUUAUCAUUUGGAGGAUCCGAGUGAAGGUGGUAAAAAGAAUGGAAGUAUUAUUAGAAGGCCUCCACUUCCUGCAGAACUAGUUGGAAAGAAUGUGAGGCCUAUGAAGAAGAAAAAGACCCAAUGGGAUCUACAGUCAGGCCUACAGAGAUUGGAUUUAUUUGAAAAUAUGAAACGGAAUUGAGAUUCGAUGUUUCAUGAUUUUGAUGGUUUUGGUAAAACAUUGAUAUUUGAUGUUUUUGGAUGUUUUGUUAAAAUUUCAUAGUUGAUUAUGGUAUUUUAAUAUUAGUGUUUGGUUUUGGAUUGUAUAAUUAUUUGAUAUUUUAUUAUUGUUUAGUUUGGGA